UGCGGAAGGUGUGAAGGGGCAAAACUGUAAUUCGAAAAUAUGCAAUCGGCGAGAAUUUACACUUUAAGGAAAGCCGCGCCGGGGCCAGAAAUAAUCAGUAACAGAUAAGAGAGGAGGAAAACGAUGUCGUCGAACCCGUACGAGAGAGUGAAAGGAGGGAGACUAACAUUCAAGGGAGGAAGUAUAGCCACUACAAGUAAAUCCAUUGACAAGAAGAACAAGAACAAAAAGAAGAAUAAGAAGCAGCAGCAGCUUCACGAUAAGGAUGAUGAUCAUGAUCAAAACGACAGCGUCGUAGGAGAUGUAGAGAAGAAUAGUGAAACUGCAGCAGGAGGCGAGGUUUACACAAUAGACGCAGCGAAGAAGCUACAGUAUGAGCAGCUGUUCCCUGUAGAGGCCAAGAAAUUUGGCUAUAAGGAAAAGAUCGCGGAUUUCAAGUCGGUUGAGGAUGCUCUUGACGAUCGUGUCAAAAAGAAGGCUGAUCGCUAUUGUAAAUGAACGCCAAUUCAGAGAUUGGCAAUUCCUGACGUCAUUAUUUGGCCAUCAGAUCGCGGUGAAGAAACCGUUGCUCUAAUGAGAUUGAUUAGACGUUCAGACAACAAUGUAAGAGCUUAUAAGCUCCAAACUCACAUUUCCAUACAGCGAUCAAUAGGACAAUGAACUUCUGAUUGGAGUGAAGAUGAUUUGAUUCUUGCGAAUUGAAGAUUUCACUGCGGAAUGUCUAGUCUUAAUAACAUAAUCAUCACAUAAAAAUCGUCAAAAUGCUUUGUCUAUACUUUUGGCAUAAUUAGACUUCAAUUGUUAGCUGACAUGGAUUAGGCUCGUGAAAUGGUAUGAUGAACUGGGAAGUCUUCAUUCA